UAUCCCGGCGUCCAGUGUAACGCGAAGCAGCAGUCACGUACCUUGUCUCGUAACUUGGUUACAUCGCACAAUGGCAACGACAACUACGGUCCACGUAUUCCUCUUACUCAUCUCCUAUGUACAUGCACAAGAAGACGAAGGCCCAGAGAGCUUCGCCGGCCAUCAUCUCUUUUCUGUCAAAAUCGACACCAAGCAACAUCUGAAGACGUUGCUGGAACUCAGGGAUGUUUUGGAGCUCGAUGUAUGGAACGACGCCAUCAAAGAAGGACGUACUGGGCUCAUUCGAGUUCCACCGGAAAGCGUGGAUGGGUUGAUGGAAGCGAUGCACUCCUCUGGAAUGCAGUAUAACAUACGGUCAGACGACUUGCAGAGGAUGAUCAACGAAGAGAAGCAUCUGUUGGCUUCUGAAGAACGUUAUGGAACUGCAAAGCUGUCUCUUCAGCAGCUCGAUGUUAGCAGGUACCACAGUUACAAGACAAUAUCGGAGGCGUUGGUGAUGUACCCGAGAGAAUAUUCGUUCGUCCAAACGACCAGCAUAGGCCAAACGCACGAAGGAGAAGAAAUUAUGGCGAUCCAGAUUGCACGAGCUCCUGACAAACCGAUUGUUCUUAUGGACUGCGGCAUCCACGCCAGAGAAUGGGUAACCAUCGCAGCCUGUAUGUACAUCAUCAACGAACUCUUAAAUAAUAUAAAGGAUCCAUACGUCAAUGAGAGGUCAGCGAUGUAUGAAUGGAGGAUUAUACCGUGCAUGAAUCCCGACGGAUACGAAUAUUCCAGGACAACUAACCGUUUUUGGAGGAAGAAUCGCUCCGUUCAAUGGACCUCGAACGGGACCAAGUGCUACGGCACGGAUCUUAAUCGCAACUUCGACGUGUCCUUUUGCAGUGCACCAGACACACCUGACCCAUGCAAAGAGACUUUCUGCGGAAGGGCACCCUUCUCGGAACCUGAAACGACAGCUUUCCGUGAUUACGUUACUACAUUCAAGGACCGCAUCGUAUUCUACUUCAGCAUCCACUCUUUCGGAGAUCUGUGGUUGAUACCUUAUGGAUUCCGCGUAGACAAGCCUCCAGACUACGAUAGCCUGAUGACAAGAGCCAAGAGAGGAGUCCAAGCAAUCUGGGAACUGAGUGGAGAAGCGUACAGGAUUGGCCCGGUUUCCUCCGUUCUGUAUAUCGCUCCUGGAACAGCUAUUGACUGGAUGUACGUGAAGAAGGGAGUAAAAAUGAGUUUUACAUUGGAGAUAUCAGGCGAGAAAUCUGGCUUCCUGCUGAACCAAAGUUCCAUCGUCCGCACCUCGCGAGAUCUGUGGACAGGCAUUUUGGCUGCAAUCGGAUGACCGUGGAAUAUUCAUACUGCCGUGUGUUUGUGCUCUGUCGUUGUGUCUCUUCAAAUUGAGUCUAACCAUACGCGUCUCUCGUUGAAGUAAGCAAGAAUUAAAGGACUUACAGGAUGA